UGUUAAAAUUGUUUCUUAUGACAUAACUUUUAAUUAAAAACGAUAUGGAGGAAAAGACAAGCCCUUUCAAAGAAAUUGACUCCAACGAUGUUGACACAGAGUCAAAAGCAAUGCUAAAGAGAAAAUUACAAAUGAAGUCGGAAGCACUCGUGUUGUUAAGCAAGGAAAUGGAUCAGAGUAGGGUAGAACGAGAUCAAUUCAAGUUGAUGGCUGAACAAAUUCAGGAACGGUUUCUGCAUUUGAAGAAGCAGAUGUGUGACAUGAAAGAAUUGAACAGUUUCGAUGACGAUUUUAGAACCUUGGAUCUAUUAGCAGAAGCGCGUGAACAAAAUAAGUGCCUUAGGCUGCAGGUCGAAACGUUAAGGCAGAAGCUAGCGGAUGCUGAAGGUGAUAUCAAAGUGUUACGUACGAAUAAUAAUCGUAUACCAAUUGAACAACAGGAAACUCAAUUAGCACCAACUAUGCACCAAAGAGAAGAGAUGAUAGAGCAAUUGGAGAAAUUAAAUUUAAAGUGUUCACAGUUGCAAACAGAUCUACAAACAGUACUGGAUGAGAAACAUGAGCUGAAGAUGGAAAGGGAUGCCUUCAAAUGUAAGGCACAUCGUUUGAAUCAUGAACUGUCUAAAGCUUUGAACGCUACCAAACCAGUCGAUUUGGAUGCUCUUAUCAAUGAAAAUAGAUAUCUGCAAGAAAGACUGCAGCAAUUGCUUGAGGAGAAGGAGCUCACACGUCAAUCUCUAUCAAAGUAUAAGAGUAUGCUAGAUAGUAAAAGGGCUAAAGGAACUAUCAAGUUGGGAGCAAAUUCUGCAGUUGGAACAGUGAUGACUCACAAGCAAGUCGAACAGCUUCUUCAAGAAAGUUCUUAUAUACCACCCCAGAAAUCUGCUGCUGCCGUUACCGAUCUACGGUGCCUUUGCACUGCCUUAUUAGAGGCUUUAAAUGACAAAACUUUAGCUCUGGCUCAUCAGAAGAAAGCGAAUAAAAUAUUGGCAUUGAGAAUUUGUGAAUUGGAUAGUGCUGUACAGUCACCAACCACGAAGCUCUUGGAGGGAUACACAAACACCAAUGUUGAUUUGAGGUGUGACAGCGACUUUAAUAAUUUGGAUCAUACUAACAGCAGUAUACAUAAUAUCGAGGAGAACAAUGUUGUAACAAAUGAAGAUGAUGUACAGUGUAGCUCUUCGCCUGAAAGUCAAAUUAUGCAACAAUUGCAGUCGAUACAAAUGAGUCUUCCAAGGAACUUAGGAGUAUUGGUUCAAAAGGCAUUAAAUAAUUUAAAAGAUAAUGAUAAACAGAAGGUAUGAAAUUAAAAAUAUAUUAUAGAGUACAAAUAUAUACAAAACAGAAUGUCCUAGCAAACGAGAAUGGAUUGGAUUGGAUAAAUACGUUUGAAUCAAGUUUUCAAAUCCACGUUAUCCGUGAAAAAGGUCUUGAAUUUUGUAGAGACUGAGUACACUGAAUCCGUUUCCAUAUAUCUAGAUAAGUAUAAUAAAUAUGGACUCUUGUGGAUUCAUGUAGAUUAAGAAAUGAAAAUAUGCUAGUCUGUGAUCCCAGAAAGUGAUAUAUCGUUGGGAAGCAUGCACCUAGAUCAAGGCUCGGCACGAUUUGCACUUAUCGGCCGAUUUUCGACUCGGCUCCGCCUUUCGCUACUCUUCUCACCUCAUCACCCCGCGCGCAGUCCAAAUGCCGCUCGACGUUUAAGAGCGUAUGACGCUCGUAGACAUGAGGUUCAUCCGCUUUGGGCGCUCACGCUGUAAACUUCAUUCUAUAUCUUUUUUUUUCGUUCAUUACAUAACUAAGAUAGAAUGAAGCAAUGCGUAAAUGCUCAAUCUUACGCGUUGCUUCAUUCUAUUUUACCAUGAUAAAAAAGCUGCGCAACGAUGUUAUAACGCUAACGAAAUUUGCGUUAAGAGUUACAGAAUAGCCCUGCUGGUCGUUAAUAUUGCGUCUCUCUUCGAUUUGUUUCUGCAGAGAUUUUAUAUUUAUUUAUUGAAUCGCUUGUAACUGUUUAACAGAUAAUUUCUUUUUUUGAUCAAUUUCUUUUCCUUUUAUCCUACUAAAUUAACAGGACAUCUCUAUUCGGGUUAUUGUAUGAUCUAAUCGAGUAUGCUUAUACUUCUUAUAUUCUCAGAACUAUAAAGGAAAAGAGAUACAAACGUAAGUCCAA